AAGCCGGAAAAUAUAGAGCACCGAGAACCCCAAUCGACGACGUAUUCCAUUCCAUUCUUCUUCUUCACCAAUAACCAAACAAAACCGUCUCUACACUCUCUGCUGCUGCUCAUCAUAAAACUGCAACAAUUCUCAGAUCAAUCCCCAAAAAUCACAAAUAAAAAAUAAAAUAGAAGAUUAAAAAUCCUCUGACAAAAAAUUGCGGAUCAGUAAAUUAUGGGUAGUUCAUCUCGCAAUCCACGGAAACCCUCAAAGGUUUGAUUUGAUCGGAGUUGUUUCAGUUAAUAUCUAAUUCAAUCAUAAUCCUGUCUGAGUUUUCAUCUGACUUGUGUAUGGACUGUUACUUGCAAAAUUUUGGAAGUUACAGAAUGCUAUGUAGAAAUACUCUACUGGGUACUGAAAUUUAUUAGGGUUUUUGCUUAUCUUGCUACUGUUUUUUUUUAUAUAACCAAGCAUACAUAUUAGCUAAUUAGAGAGGUAGAUAGAUAGAUACAUAGAUUGCGGAAUUUGCGGUUUUUGUAGUAAUUUAAUAGAGAAAAGAUGCAAUCUAGAAGGCAUGAUGAUUAUGUGCCACUAUCCCCGUCUUCAAAGACGCAAUCUAGAAGACGUGAUGAUUAUUUGGCACUAUCUCCGUCUUCAAAGACGCAAUCUAGAAGGCAUGAUGAUUAUUCGACACUAUCCCCAUCUUCAAAGAUGCAAUCUAGAAGGCAUGGUGAUUAUUUGACACUGUCCCCGUCUUUAAAGACGCAAUCUAGAAGGCAUGAUGAUUAUUUGACACUGUCCCCGUCUUCAAAGACGCAAUCUAGAAGGCAUGAUGAUUAUUUGACACUGUCCCCGUCUUCAAAGACGCAAUCUAGAAGGCAUGAUGAUUAUGUUACACAAUCUAGAUAUGAUGUAGGUGGUCGUGAUGCGUAUCCAGUUUCUCGUCGUGGUGGUAAUGUCCAAACGUCUCCACGCUUUCAGCAGCGGAGUUUAAGUCCUCAUCGUCAUGGUAAGGUUGAUGGGUUCAGAAGGAUAGGCUUGAGAGAGGGAACAAGUGGCUCACCUGAGAGGAGGAACUAUGGUUGGCAUUUGGGCCCAGGAAGGACUGAAAGGGUCCGUUCUCGUUCACCCUCUUAUAUACUGGAGCCUGGAGAAGUUUCUCGAUUUGAUGAGGGUACUACUGCUCAUAGGAAAUAUGAUUAUGCUGAUGGUAUUGAGUAUAAUGGUGGAAAAAAUAAUAAAUUGAAGCAUGUUUAUGGGUAUGAUAAUGAUUACCAUGGUUUGUCUUCUAGAAUGGGUAAAGAGAAGGAUUACGGCGAAAAUAGGAUUCUGAAUAUUGACAGCCGUGUCAUGAUGGGGCAGAAAUCAAUGCCUAUGGAUGAUGUGAUUAUGAGGGUCUCUCGUCGACCGUCUCCGGAUCCGACCUCGAAUUAUGAUAAAAGUGGUGUUCAUUUACACCAGAAUUCUAGAUACUUGGGUAUCAGCCAGUUUGAACAUGAAAAACGUAGGUAUCAGGAGCCUGUAUCUCCAGAUAAUAGAUCAGGAAUGAAUAUUUAUAAAGAAGGGGAAAAUCCUAUGAAUUACUCAAGGGAUAAUUCAUACACCAUGAAGCCAGCUUCACAUUCUAAAGAUUUUGGGAGUCCUAAUUAUAAAGAUUUUGCAGGAACAUCUUCAGGCAAUUCAAGGAGUGGGUUCCCGAGUUCUUUUUGGGAAGGUACCCCCAUAUCUGCUUCUGGUGAAUAUUUAAGGAACAAAAUGAAACUCACAGAACCUAUGGAUUUUAACACAUAUGGCCAUAGACCAAGCCUAGAUAUGAAAAAUCUUGAAAGAACUGUAACAGGCUAUACACAGGGGAUCUACAGUCCUAACAGAACUGAACAUGAUGAUUUUGUGUAUACUAAGUCGCAGCAACUAGGGAAUGAUGACAACAAUUAUCCAUCUGUUGACUUGCAUAGAAUGGUUCCUUCACAGUCUCGGGUGGAUCAUGAUCAAGCUCAUGCAGAUUACAAUUAUGGAGGAUUAUCAAGAAUGAGUUCUAUGCACCCCGUUACAGACAAGGUUGAUCCUGUGGUAGAUUCUUAUAGAAGCAUGAGAAAUAGCUCCAUACGGAACCAUUCUAUGCACAAGCCGGAAGCUACAGAGAACAUUGACACCAGAAGAAUGUUAUAUUCACCAAAGAAUAGUGAACAAUAUAUGGGUGCUGGAUAUGAUAUACCUGAAUUUGGAAGGGGAGAUUCAAGAGAUGAUGAAUCAUCACAUUUGGGUGAAUUGCAGAAUCAACAAAUCUCACAUUUGAGAUCAGAUUACGGGUUUGGAAGAGAUGCAGGUCCGCAGUUUCAAAAAGAAAGAAUACAAGAUCCAGUUAUGUCCAUGUAUGACUCGGCGAUGAAUAAAUUUUCUGGCAAAAGACUAAGAAUGGAGGAGGAAUUUAGCACAUAUGAGCAAUCCAAUAAGGUCUACAAAAGAACGUACACCACGGACGAAGAUAUAGUUAGGCAUGACCCAAGAACUAGAAUUGUGUCAAACAGACAGUAUGCACCACAAGAACAUGAGGAUGCAUAUGAAAAUGGUAUGGAAUGGAUUGAGGAAGAGGUAAAUGCACUACGUCCAUCUAGAACCCUAAGGCUUGGCCCAAUAGCACACAGAAUGACUAAGAGAACAUAUGACAGUCAAGAUCAUUAUGGAGAUAAUGCAUCACAAGAUUGGUCAUCAUCUCAAGAUUCAUUCGCACAUUCAAGAAAUCAUUCAAUCAGAGAUUAUAAACCAAAUGUUAAAUUCACAAAGUGUCAUCCAAGAACUGGUUCUUUGACCUGGUAUAAUUCACACCAUACAGAUAAAAGAAUUGGUGUUGAUACAAGACAUAAAACUUGGAAAAGAAAUGAUGAUGAUGAUGACCAUGCUAAUUUUGAUGAUCCAUCUGAAGAUUGGUCUAAUAUGGCUGACUCUGAUAUACCCGAGGACUCUGACAAAUUUAAGCAACUGGUCCAUGAAGCCUAUUUAGUAUUCUCUAAGAAAUUAAAUCUCGACUUGGCAGCUCGAAGAAGAUACAAGGAGCAAGGAAAAGCCGGCAGUUUGUUUUGCAUUGUAUGUGGCAAAAGAACAUCAAAGGAGUUCAUGGACACACGGCGCUUGGUAACACAUGCUUUCAUGUCUCACAAGGCUGGGUUGAGAGCACUGCAUUUGGGUCUUCACAAAGCGAUAUGCGUGUUGAUGGGGUGGAAUACAUAUGUGCCUUGUGACACAAAAACAUGGGUUCCUGAUGUCUUGUCUGAUGCAGAAGCUUUGGCUCAAAAGGAGGAUUUAAUGCUCUGGCCUCCACUUGUUAUCAUGCAUAACAUAUCUAUGUCGAUUAAUAAUCCAGAACAACAAAAAGUCAUACCUAUUGAAGGGGUUGAAGCCUUUCUCAGAAGUAAUGGUUUUGUUGGGGGGAAAAUCAAAGUUUGCCUAGGUAAACCUGCCGAUCAAAGUGUCAUGUUGGUGAAGCUCUUGGGAACUUUUACUGGACUCGGAAUUGCUAAGAGACUUGAUAGGUACUUUUCUGAAAAUAACCGUGGGAGGGGAGAAUUUGAGCAAAAAACAUCCAAGAGCAGCAAAAGUAGCAAUGAUGUGCAAAUCGACAUCAACGGAGACAAGUUAGAGGAGCACCUUUUAUACGGGUACAUUGGUAUUUCAGACGACAUGGACAAACUCGACUUUAACACCAAAAAGUGGAUUACACUGAAGAGCAAGAAGGAUAUACAAGACCUCGAAAAUGCUCCUCUUAAAACUGAUGAUAGGUAGCUGUCGAAAUUGUAUGGACUUAGAGGAGGCAAAAGAAUACUACCCUACUGCUCCCAGCCACAACAAUUAGGAGGAAUGACAUAUUCUUCCUCUUCUCGGUUCGAUUCCUAUAACUUCAGACCAUUGACAAGUACUAACUUUUUGUUUGUCAGCUGGGUUUUUGUAUGUUUCAGAUGCAGUGCAGGUCAAAGAAGAGGAAGACAGAAAAAUACCAGUACUAAGUAGAUAAUCCUGUGGAAAAGUUUGCUUAUAUCUUUUAAUCCCCAGACUUUGUUACAGCAAGUUCAAGAAAAAAAAGUGACUUACUUUUAGAGUAAACUAUCUAUACAUUUUGUAGAUAUUAAAUGUUUUUGUUAUGAAGUUUUUUUUUCUUCAUCAAAUGUACUAAAUUGCCAUUUGCAUGUA